CUGUUCCAGAGUCAAUAGUCCACUCUCCACUCUCCCCAACUCUUUCCAAAACCAAACACCUUUUUCGUUUUUUGUUUUUUGUUUUUCCGAAUCCGUCUCUACUUUUCCACUCCGGUUAAUUAAUUAAUUAUUCAAAUUCAAUGGCCGAGGAAGCCAAAGCCAAAGGCAACGCGGCCUUCUCCGCCGGCGACUUCGCCGCCGCCGUCCGCCACUUCACGGACGCCAUCGCCCUCUCCCCGUCGAGCCACGUCCUCUACUCCAACCGAUCCGCCGCCCACGCCUCCCUCCAGAAAUACGCCGAGGCCUUAGCCGACGCCCAGAAGACCGUCGACCUCAAGCCCGACUGGCCCAAGGCCUACAGCCGCCUUGGCGCCGCCCUCCUCGGCCUCCGCCGCCACCGCGACGCUGUCUCCGCCUACAAGACCGGCCUCCAUCUCGACCCCGACAACGCCGCCCUCAAAUCCGGCCUUGCCGACGCCCAUGCCGCCGCCUCCCGCCCGCCCCCCACCAGCCCCUUCGCCACCGCCUUCUCCGGCCCCGACAUGUGGGCCCGCCUCACGGCGGACCCCACCGCACGUGCCAACCUCCAGGACCCCGAGUUCGUCAAGAUCAUGCAGGACAUCCAGAAGGACCCCAACAAGUUCAACCUGCAUUUGAGUGAUCAGAGGGUCAUGCAUGCCGUUGGGGUCUUGCUCAAUGUCAAAAUUCAAACCCCUAACGACGACAACGCCGACGCCGCCGGUGAUGACGUGUCCGAGGAUGACCCUGUAUCCCAGUCCGAAUCCGAAUCCGAACCCGAACCGGAGCCUGAAGUGGCGGAGGAGGAGAAGGAGGCGAGGGAUAGGAAAGGGCAGGCUCAGAAGGAGAAGGAAGCCGGCAAUGCCGCUUACAAGAAGAAGGAUUUCGAAACCGCGAUUGGACAUUACACCAAGGCUUUGGAGUUGGAUGAUGAGGAUAUUUCCUACCUUACUAAUCGUGCCGCUGUUUACUUGGAGAUGGGAAAGUUUGAGGACUGCAUAAAAGAUUGUGAAAAGGCUGUUGAGAGGGGAAGAGAACUAAGAUCAGAUUACAAGAUGAUAGCAAGAGCUUUGACAAGGAAAGGUACUGCAUUGGCCAAAAUGGCUAAAUGCUCUAAGGAUUUUGAACCUGCCAUUGAGACUUUCCAGAAAGCACUUACAGAGCACCGCAACCCAGACACCUUGAAGAAACUGAACGAAGCUGAAAAGGCUAAGAAAGAACUAGAGCAACAAGAAUAUUUUGAUCCAAAAUUAGCUGAUGAGGAGAGAGAAAAAGGAAAUGAAUUAUUCAAGCAGCAGAAGUAUCCUGAGGCUAUUAAGCAUUAUACAGAAGCUAUAAAAAGGAACCCAAAAGAUGCUAAGGCUUACAGUAACAGAGCUGCAUGCUAUACGAAACUAGGGGCAAUGCCCGAAGGUUUAAAAGAUGCAGAGAAGUGCAUUGAGCUUGAUCCAACCUUUUCAAAGGGUUAUACUAGGAAAGGUGCAGUGCAAUUUUUCAUGAAAGAAUAUGAAAAAGCUUUGGAAACAUACAAGGAGGGUUUGAAACAUGACCCUAACAAUCAGGAAUUGCUUAAUGGCAUAAGAAGAUGUGUAGAACAAAACAAUAAGGCUAGCCGUGGAGAUUUUACUCCUGAGGAGUUAAAGGAGAGACAGGCCAAGGCAAUGCAAGACCCAGAGAUACAAAGCAUUCUGCAAGACCCUGUUAUGAGACAAGUAUUGACUGAUUUCCAGGAAAAUCCCAGAGCUGCAGAGGAACAUGCGAAGAAUCCAAUGGUGAUGGACAAGAUUCAAAAGCUGAUCAGUGCCGGGAUUGUCCAGAUGAGAUGAAUGUGAUGGAAGGUGGCAAUCAAGCAGAGAAACAAUUGACAAUUGUAUUUUUCAGUGUGACCAUAUAAUUUAAAUAGAUUGAAUUAGAAAAACGAGGAGAAUUUGCUAUUGGGAGAUUUUGUGUCGCUCUCUGCAUUCGUUUGUCUUGGUGAAUUCAUCAUAUUAUUUGAGUAUGUCAAAUGCAGUCCAUUUUUACUCUUAACCGGUGCCUCCUGCAUGCUGUCACUGCUGUGACUUUUCUGUUGAGUUUUGUUGUGGCGCAAAUGUGAUGUCGUGGAUUUAGAUAUUGUCUAAGGUUGUACAAGUUUUUUUUUUUUUCUUUGAGAAUGACUACAAUUUUGGUUUCAAGUGUACAUUUUACUUUAGAAUAAAGUAGGUUCGGAGUAAUUGUGGCUGUUGAUUAGGCUUUCAAUGUCUAGUAAGAUUUGGUAAACCUUAGACCAGAGUCAUUUCUGCCGUUUUAGUUGUUUGAAUGGGAAUGUACAUUGGACUUAUUAGGGGAAAUGAAAUCUGAGAGUCAAAACUUGUAAUU